CAAUGGGCGGCCUCCCCGACCUCCCCCUUACUCGGGCUGCGGCGCGCGGAGAGCUCCGAGCGCGCCUCCAUUUAAAGGGACCGCCGCCUGCGCACUCUCCUCAGGGGCUCCGGCAGCGCCUGCGGCGGGGACGGGCGCGGCGGGGCGAGCGCCGUGGCGGAGUCGGGAAGCGGCAGUUGUUAGACAUCUCUGAAUGGAUUCCAGUGAAUUUCCUGCCUCUUUGGGGCCCCUGUCUCUGCGCAAUAAACCACUAAUUGGGGAUCUCCCUGCGGGCUCGGAGUUUGGAGAGGAUCUUCUGGCCUCCCAAACAGCCUCCAUCCCACAAGCAGCGAUUGUCCAGUCCCAAGAGAUGGAGUGGGAGGUGUCUAAGCAAGCAACUUCCGAUGGUAGCUUGGACUUUGGCAUGGGGAAAGCCGGUGACCUGUCCACCCUAAGCAAGUCAAAUAGUUUGGCCCUCAGUAAGCCCAGCACUCUUGAUAUUCUGGAGACGCCUGGCCUCCUGGAUGGCUUGAGCAAAGGAGGGGACCGGGAGGUCCUAGAGAAGUCGGUGGAUCCUGAUGGCUUGUUCAGGGCACGUGGAACUGGGGACCCAGAGAAUGGGACCGAAGCCCCCCCUGUGCCGGGAACUGAACACCUGGCUCCCGAAGCUUUGAAAGAAGGGGGGUCCAAAGCAGGCAUGGAGGAGGAGAGCCACGGCAAGCACGCAGGCUGCGCUCCACGCAGCUCUGCCGAGGAGGACCCUGAAGUGGUUGAGGUGAGCAGCGUGCCACCUUCCCAAGAAGCCACCGCCUCACCUGGCAGCCCCCUACCGAGCCCACAGCUGGCGAAGAAGCCCCGGCUGAAAUCCCCCAGGAAGAUCUAUCUGGAGCAAAAGGAGAACGCUUUGACACCCGCAGAGGAGGAGAAGGAUCCCACUCCGAACAGCGUUCCUGAGUCUGUGCCGCCCCCGCUGCCUCCUCUGGAAGGAGCAGAGGGAAGUCUGAGUGCAGCCAAGAAAGAAAGCGGCCCCAGAGAAGCCGAGAAAGGACGAGAAACGGGGGGGCCGCCCUCCCUUGCAGGGGAAGGUGCUGGUGGGAAGGGAGCCGAGGCGCCUGCUGGAAGGGAACAGAAGAGGAGCGAGCGAGCCAGGAGGGCAGAGGUGUCUCGGCCAGAAACAGUCAACUCUUCGGAGAGCAUCCCCGUCUCCGAUGAGGACUCGGAUGCCAUGGUGGACGACCCUAACGAUGAGGACUUCGUCCCCUUCCGCACCCGUCGCCCCACCCGCCUGUCUCUGCGCAGUCAGAUGGCCCAGCGGGCAGCCCGCUCCACCGUCACCAAAAUGACCUGCGCCAAUUGCCGCACACCGCUGCAGAAAGGCCAGACGGCCUACCAGCGCAAGGGCCUCCCCCAGCUCUUCUGCUCCAGCACCUGCCUCACCACCUUCUCCAAGCGCCCCCUCAGCCGGAAGAGUUGCACUUUCUGCAAAAAGGAGAUUUGGAACACCAAGGACUCGGUGGUGGCCCAGAUCGGCUCGGGCAGCUCCUUCUACGAGUUCUGCACGUCGGUUUGCCUCUCGCUGUACGAAGCACAGCAGCAGCGGCCGACCCCGCAGGCGGCUGAAACCUCGGACUCCGUCCGGUGCAGCGUGUGCUACAAGACCGGAGAGAUCCAGCAUGAAGUGAGCAAUGGCAGCGUCGUUCACCGCAUCUGCAGUGACGCCUGCUUUACUAAGUUCCGGGCCACCAAAGGGCUGAAGACCAACUGCUGCGACAGCUGCGGCCUUUACCUGUACAACAAGGGGGUUCCCUUGGAGUACCUCUUCCACGAGGGGCAGCAGAAGCGCUUCUGCAACCCCACCUGCCUCAACAGCUACAAGAAGAAGCACACCCGGGUCUACCCGUGCAUGUGGUGCAAGACGCUCUGCAAGAACUUCGACAUGCUGUCCCACAAAGACCGGAACGGCAAGCUGGGUCUCUUCUGCUCUGUCUGCUGCACCACUUCAUACAAGGUCAAGCAGGCCGGACUGACAGGACCCCUUCGGCCUUGCAGUUUUUGCCGGAAGAGCCUAUCUGAGCCCUGCUAUUACAACAAGAACAAGCAGGUGGUGUACCAGUUCUGCAGUCCCAGUUGCUGGACCAAAUUCCAGCGCUCCAGCCCGGAAGGUGGGAUCCACUUGACCUGCCAUUCCUGCCACAACCUCUUCACUGGGAAGCCCGAGAUCCUGGAUUGGCAGGACCAGGUCUACCAGUUCUGCUGCCGUGACUGCUGCGAAGACUUCAAACGGCUGCGGGGGGUGGUGUCCCAGUGCGAGCACUGCAAGCAGGAGAAGCUGCUGCACGAGAAGAUCCGCUUCUCAGGAGUGGAGAAGAAUUUUUGCAGCGAAGGUACCCGGGCGGGGAGCUCGAUCGUUGCCGAGGGCAGGAGUCCCCCCGGCCGCCGUCUCCUCGGGGCCGGUCGUUGCAUGCGGUGGGCAGGGGCCAGAGGCCACGUCGGCCUUAGGAUCGGAGAGGUGAGCGACGGGGACCCCCUAGGUUGUCCGGGGCCAGUGCAGGAAGGGCUGUGUCAGGUGUGCGUGUGUGUCUGUGUCGUGCUUGGUCUCUCUGUGGCUGCCUGCUAUGGGCUCCUGUUGCCGCUCGGCCGCCCCCCGGGAGGUUUUCAUCCAUGUUGUUUCUCCGCAGGGUGUGUGCUUCUUUACAAACAGGAUUUCACCAAGAACCUGGGCCUUUGCUGCGUCACCUGCACCUAUUGCUCCCAGACCUGCCAGCGAGCUGUCACUGAGCAGCUGGAGGGCAGCACCUGGGACUUCUGCAGCGAUGACUGCAAAAGCAAAUACCUGCUCUGGUACUACAAGGCAGCUCGGUGCCACGCUUGCAAGCGGCAGGGGAAGCUGCUGGAGACAAUUCACUGGCGAGGCCAAACCAAACAUUUCUGCAACCAGCAGUGUCUGUUGAGGUUUUACAACCAACAGAACCAGCCCAACCUGGACACCCAGACAGGGCCCGAGAGUCUGCUGAACAGUCAGGCCCCGGAGCCCAAGCAGCCCUCUGCCACUGCCCAAAAAGCAGAGCCCAAUGCGGAGACUGCCAAGGCUGCCCCCCCCUCGCCAGCAUCAGCUCCCCCCGCACCCCCUCAGCCGGUCACCCCCCGGAAGAACAAGGCAGCCAUGUGCAAGCCCCUCAUGCAGAACCGAGGGGUUUCCUGCAAGACGGAGAUGAAGUCCAAGGGCUGCCAGACAGACGACUGGAAGCCUCAGCUGAUUGUGCUGCCCAUCCCGGUGCCAGUCUUUGUGCCCGUGCCCAUGAACAUGUAUUGCCAGAAAGUCCCUGUGCCUUUCUCCAUGCCGGUCCCAGUCCCUGUGCCAAUGUUUCUGCCCACCACCUUGGAGAGCACAGAGAAGAUUGUGGAGACCAUCGAGGAGCUGAAGGUGAAGAUCCCUUCCAAUCCCCUGGAAGCCGACAUCCUGGCCAUGGCGGAGAUGAUUGCGGAGGCCGAGGAGUUAGACAAAGCCUCAUCAGACCUGUGCGAUCUGGUGAGCAACCAGAGUGCCGAAGGGCUCCUGGAGGACUGUGACCUCUUUGGGCCGGCCAGGGAUGAUGUGCUGGCCAUGGCAGUCAAGAUGGCAAACGUGCUGGACGAGCCGGGACAGGACCUGGAGGCCGACUUCCCUAAAAACCCCCUGGACAUCCAUCCCAGCGUAGACUUUCUCUUUGACUGCGGCCUGGUCACCCCCGAGGACGUUGCUGCAGAUCCCGACUUGCCUCGCUCGAUUCGCAAGGGCCAGAAGCGCCUGGUGCUGUCGGAGAGCUGCUCCAGGGACUCGGUGAGCAGCCAGCCCAGCGGCUCAGCCCUCAACUCCUCCUACGGGGUGAACGCCUGGAGGAGCUGGGUGCAGGCCAAGUACGUGGGUGCUGAAACCAGCAAGGGCGACGAGUUGCGCUUUGGACCCAAGCCCAUUCGGAUCAAGGAGGACAUCCUGGCCUGCACGGCAGCCGAGCUGAACUACGGCCUGGCCCAGUUUGUCAAGGAGAUCACCCGGCCCAACGGGGAGCGCUACGAGCCGGACAGCAUCUACUACCUGUGCCUGGGCAUCCAGCAGUACCUGUUGGAGAACAACCGCAUGGUCAACAUCUUCACCGACCUCUAUUACCUGACUUUUGUGCAAGAGCUCAACAAGAUGCUGAGUGGCUGGCAGCCCACGGUCCUGCCCAACAACACGGUCUUCUCCCGUGUGGAAGAGGAGCACCUCUGGGAGUGCAAGCAGCUGGGUGUCUACUCCCCGUUUGUGCUGCUCAACACCCUGAUGUUCUUCAACACCAAGUUCUUCGGGCUGCAAACGGCCGAGGAGCACAUGCAGCUCUCCUUCACCAACGUGGUGCGGCAGUCACGCAAGUGCACCACGCCACGGGGCGCAGCCAAAGUCAUUAGCAUCCGCUAUUACACGCCCGUGCGGCACCGGAAGGGCCGAGAGAGCAGCCUUGGCAAGCGGAGGAGAGAGGAGGAGACGCCGGUCUCGGAGCAGCGGGAGAACCGCUUGAACCCCUUGCGCUGCCCGGUCAAGUUCUACGAGUUCUAUCUCUCCAAAUGCCCCGAGAGCCUCCGCAGCCGCAACGACGUCUUCUACCUGCAGCCGGAGCGCUCCUGCAUCGCGGAGUCCCCCCUGUGGUACUCGGUCAUCCCCAUGGACAAGAGCAUGCUGGAGAGCAUGCUGAAUCGCAUCUUGGCCGUCCGUGAGAUCUACGAGGAGCCCAGCCGCGGGGCUGGAGGCCUGGAUGAUGACAUGGACUGACCCAGGCUGCCCUCGCUGCAAGAGAAGGUGGGCUCCGGUGCUGCUCCCCCCCCCCAGCUGCAGGGACCGGGGACAGCUUGACCGUCAGCCCUUCCCUUUCUGGGUGGACGGGCACAGAGGACUCGGCCGCUGCCUCUUCCAUCCUGGCGAAUGGGCCCCUGGUGCUUCCGUCCUCCCCACGCUCCUUGUGGCUCCCUCCUUGGCUGGCUUCUCUCCGGACUGGCAGGGAAGGGGUUGCAGGCUGCUUCUUGACUUGGAGGUUGGAUCGAGGGCCCCGACCUCUGCCUGUUCUGGCCAUGGGGAGGGGAGGAGGGAGGGAGGGAGGGAGAUGGUGGCUCCCAAGGGCCCAUUCUCUUGUAUGCGGGGUCACUAGCCUCCUCCCCUUCUGCUGACAUCUGGUCCCAGCCUGCUGCUGCUCCUCCAGGGGCUCAGAGGCCACCUUGCACCCGGGUCCCCUCCUGUCUAUGUGAGCUAUGGCUGGUGGUGGUGGUGGUGGUGGUGGUGCUGUUUGUUGAGCCUGUAUAUACAUUGUUCUGGCCCAGCCCUGCAGUGUCCGUGUCACCAGUGAGCCAGGUGCGGGCCUUGUUGUCACGUUGUGAUAUACUGGACGUUAAGACCUGCUCCCUGCCCUUCCUGCGUCUCUCUCUGGUAACCGUUCAUUUCAAAUAAAGGCACAAAAGCUC